CCUCAUCCCCAUCACAUAUACCCUGUGGAUAGACUGUACAGUGGCAUUUAUAUGAGCUAUUUCUCUGCACCAGUGGCGGAUUUAGGUAUGGGCGACAUGGGCAGCCGCCCAGGGUGGCAUCUUGCCAGGGGCAGCACGGGGCGGCCGCACAAAAAAUAUUGGAAUAGUGACAUUUGCGCGAUCGUUUUUUUUAUCGCUUAUUUGCACGAUACAUCAAUGAUAUCAUGUCACCGUGUGGGACUGUGGGUCAAUUAAUCUUGUCGGAGUGGGCGCCCUGAUUCUAGUUUGUGAGCUAGGGAGGCUACUGUCUAUGAAGGUCUCUCACUCAGAAGUAAGAGAUGGGGAGGGGGGCGGGUCUAGGUUGACCUCAGGUCUCCCCACUGGAAGCCCGAGGUAGGGGGAGCGGGGAAUCUAUCAAAUAGCGCACGUCUAACUUUGUAAUAAUGCAAUUAGUAAAAUCUGUCACACUACGAAAUGCUACCAAAUAAACCACAAUUCAUUCAUAAUACUGUGAAUAUAUAGUUUCACAGACAUAUUGUUGUAUUUCUUUCUGGUUUGUGCGAAAAGGUUAAGAAUAAUAUAAAACCAGUCUGCACACCACCAAGGUGAAUUGGUUUAGUCUUGACUCUUGGUUGACAGUGUUGGGGGAUGGGUAAUGUAUUGAUGCUCGAGUGCCAAAUCAACACAAAUGGAUAAGAAAGGGUCUAAGCCAUCAGGUGCCCAGUUUAGGAAAAAGAGGAAAGAAGAAGAGGAGAAACGCACAAAAGAUAAAGGGGCACUUCUGAAAUAUUUUGGAGCACCCUCUGGCACUGGCCAUGAUGAGGAUCCAUCUACCUCCUCAGCCACAUAGGUCUCUUCAGAAAUUAUCUCAGAGCCUCAGGAUGAAGACCCAUUUGCUUCCACAUCUCCCGAGCAGGAUUCUUCAGAAAUGCCUGUAGCAGCAUCCCCACCAAAUCCUGCUGCCGAGGACCCUACAGACCCUGCUGACUGGCCUUCAGUUCUGACUGACAGAAUUCGUACACAACUAGUUUGCAGAGGACCAAGUGAGGUACCACCUAACUUUGUUUUCCCAAGGAAUGAGAGUGAUGGAAGAAGUUGCCACCCCCAGUAUAUCAGGAAGACCUUGGUGAGUUGUGAAAACAUCCCUAGAAGUUGGUUGGUGUAUUCUGAAAGAAACAACAGCCACUUCUGCUUCUGCUGCAAACUCUUUUCUGAGAAGAAAAUUAAUUUCGCAAACUCAGGACUGACAGACUGGAAACAUGCACGUUCUUUGCUGACUUCACACGACAGCAGUCCAGAACACCAAUACUGCAUGAAAACAUGUAAAGAACUGGCAAUGAGAAUUAAAAAAGGGGAAACAAUUGAUAAGCAUGAAAUGGCACUUAUGGAGGCUGAGAGGACAAGAUGGACAGAGGUGUUGACAUGUCUGACUGAUAUUGUGCAGUCUCUGGCAAAUAGAAAUCUGGCACUAAGGGGACACACAGAAACACUGUACUCUCCAUCAAAUGGACAUUUCCUCAAAGAGGUUGAACUGAUGGCACAAUUUGAUCCAGUCAUGAAAGAGCACCUUAACAGUGUCCAAAAAGAGACCUUGAGUCACACCACCAGCUACCUUGGCCACCAAAUACAGAAUGAAGUUGAGCAGCAAGGUCAUUUCAAUAAUGUCAAUGGACUGCAGUGCUAUGGCUGUAACAUCAUCCAGGGCCAGAGGUAUGUGGACAUUGGAUGCUCCAACCCAGAGGUCAUCACCUGCACCCACUCACACAAGGGCUUCAAACAUCGCUUCUGCAUCAAGACAGAGAGCACCCUGGGAAUUGUCCUGACCAGUGGAUGUGCCACAUCAAGACACUGCCAGCAACAAGAGCUGCCUGGAGUGCGCAUCCACUGCUGCACCUUAGACCUGUGUAACAGCACCCCCUGCUGUCAAGCGAGCACAUUGCAUUACAUCUACGCACUGGCAAGCCUGCUGCUGCUGUGGUUGUGGUUGUGAUAUGAGGUCACACAGCUUGUACUUGGACAGAUGGAACUCUGGAUAAACCAUCUAUGAAUGACACUAUACACGGCUAGUUCUCAGUGUCUCUUCUCAGCUCCAUGUGUUAAGGGUCUGAGACUGAGAGGAGGGUUGUACAAUACUGUACAUCAGAGCAGGUUUUGUGAAGAUUAAUUUUCGCUGUUUUUUUUAUCCCAAUGUCAGAAACAACGGCAAAUAACUAAGCCAAGGUUCUCAUAAUUCAUUAUAAUGAUGAUUUUAUACAGUUAUUAAAUCAGUUCAGGAAGUGUCCCAGAAAGUAAUGUUUAUUUAAAACCAUCAGUAUGGCCAGCAAAGAAAAGGAAAAGCUUUUUUUGCUUUUUCAUUGUUUUCUUUGAUUCAAGCUAAGAUGCAAGUUGCAUGUGGCUUUUAUUUCAGAUUGUAAGAUGGUAAGAAGUAAUGUACAGUGAAAGUGAAAUGUGAAAUACUGUAUUAAAGUAAUAAGACCAUGUUCUCUAUCCUACAACA